CCAACCGCCCCGCCCCUCGGCCGCCACCGCCUCCCCCGCCGGCGCCAUGGCCGCUGCGGUCGGGGACGGCGCGGUGAAACCGCUUCAAUGCGCCAUGAAGCUGGCCAACGGGGCCAUCGAGCUGGACACCGGCAACCGGCCCCGGGAGGCAUAUACAGAAUACCUGAGGAGCGUCCACUACAUCUCCCAGGUGCUGCUAGAAGAAGUGGAGACCUCCAAAGAAGCUGGGGAAACUGUGACCCCUGACACCUCGAAGAUGCUGAAGCUGGCUGAGCAGUGUCUGGAGAGGGCCCAGUCGACAGCUGCCAAACUUGGGAAAACAUGCCUGAGGCCAGCCAUGCCUGUGGCUGCUCCCGUCCCCUCUCCGACCAGCCGACACCGCCGGGUAUACUCAGAUGAGGGAGGGAAGCUCUCUCCAUUUCUGCCGCCUGAGAUCUUCCAGAAGCUUCAGGUUGUAGAGUCACAAAGCUCUAAGAAGCAGGGUCAGGAAGGGACCUCAGGUGACCAGAGCGUUCCUGGGCUUCCUGGAGCCUGGACAGCAGCUUGUCACCAUUCCAGGGAGUUGACACCCCUGGAGGAGGCGUCCCUGCAGAAUCAGAAGCUGAAGGCUGCCUAUGAGGCCCGGAUGGCCCGUCUGGACCCCAGCCAGGCCAUGCAGAAGACAUCCCUGACCCUGUCCCUGCAGCGGCAGAUGAUGGAGAACCUGGUGAUCGCUAAAGCCCGGGAGAAGACACUGCAAAGGAAGAUGGAGGAGCGCCGGCUGCGGCUCCAGGAGGCCGCCAACAGGAGGUUCUGCAGCCAGGUUGCCCUGACCCCCGAGGACCGGGAGCAGCGGGCCCUCUACGCCGCCAUCCUCGAGUACGAGCAAGACCACGACUGGCCAAAGCGCUGGAAGGCCAAGCUCAAGAGGAGCCCAGGGGACCUGUCCCUGGUGACCAGCCUGGUUUCCCACCUGCUCAGCGUCCCCGACCACCCCAUCUCGCAGCUCCUGAAGAAGCUCCAGUGCGCGGUGUACCGGGCGCUGUACCCCAUCGUGAGCAGGGGCGCCGCCUCGGCCCUGGGCUGCCGUUCCCUGCCCCCCGACGCCGACGGGCUGCUGGCUCCUGGAAGCCGGCGGCUCCGGCCCUCUCAGAGCCUCUACUGCAUGCCCUCCCCCCCGGAGCCCAGCCCAGCCCCAAGGCCCACAGACGGCAUCUCCGCCAGCGCCUCCAUCCCCCCACCCCACCCCGGCAACCCGGACAGCGGGGCAGACGGCAGCCCCGCGGGGCCUCCCUCACCCCUGGCGGACACUUCAUCCGACCUGCCGGGCAAGGACAGCUCCUUCGGGGACCUGGAACAGUGUUUGGCUACUCCUGAGAGGAGGGGCCGGGGCCCUGGGGGGCAGCCUGAGCCCCAGCCCCCAGGGGUAACGAAGGAGCCGUUGCUGGAGCAGCUGAAGGGCACCGUGCAGGACAUACACGACGCCAUCGACAGGCUGCUCUCGCUGACCCUCCUGGCUUUUGAAGGCCUGAACACGGCCGCCUCCAAAGACCGCUGCCUGGCCUGCAUCGAGGAGCCCUUCUUCUCCCCGCUGUGGCCCCUGCUGCUGGCCGUGUACAGGAGCGUUCACCGCCUGCGGGAGGCCGCCCUGAGCAGGAGCAUGGAGCUGUACGGGAACGCGCCCCCGGCGGCCGUCGGCGUCCCCACCAAGCUCCUCCCCCGGGACCCCGAGGCCACGGCAGCCGGCGCCUACCCCUACUGUGCCGCCGCCCAGGAGCUAGGGCUGCUGGUCCUGGAGAGCUGCCCCCAGAAGAAGCUGGAGUGCAUUGCCUGGCUUCUGCGACGCAGUGCGGGCCCUGCGGGUCAUCUGUGCCUGCGCGGAGGACUACCACCGGGCUCGCGAGGCUGCGCCCCAGCCGGGCAUCGCCGCCAUUGGCGCCGACGACCUGCUGCCCAUCCUGUCCUUUGUGGCGCUGAGGAGUGGCCUCCCCCAGCUGGUGUCGGAGUGUGCAGCCCUGGAGGAGUUCAUCCACGAGAGGUACCUGAUCGGAGAGGAGGGCUACUGCCUGACGUCACUGCAGAGCGCCCUGAGCUACGUGGAGCUGCUGCCCCGGCGGGCCCUGGGCAAGUAGCAGAGGACGGGCUGGCCAAGGACUGGCCCGGAGGCACCUGCAUGGGGCGGUGGGCUGGCCGAGGUGGGGCUCUCGCCCCCGCCUGACAUCAGCCCCUAGGGCUCAAGGAGGCCCCCUCUGCUCCUGAUAGGAUGGGGCUGACCCGAGUCAGCUCCCAGGAACCAGGCCCUUCUCUUUCCUGUCCCCACCUGUGAGAGGCCCCGUGCAGGGAAACUGGGCUCCCCUGGGGCCUGCACAGUCCGACGGCUCAGUCCGCUGAUGCCCCGCAGGCCCCGCCAGCCCAAGGACAGGGGGGCCGUGGGCCUGACUGAGGGCAGGUCUGCUUCUCUCCCUUCCCAUCCCCCGUGACACGCGGAGCUCCCUGAGCCAGGUUCUUGUCUGAGUCGAGGAGAGAGCCUGUCACCCCACAAGAGGCCUGGGGCCCAGGUGGGUUUAGACUGUGCUAUUUAUUUAUUGGUCACUGACCACUCUGUCCUGGAGACCCAGGUGUCCCCAGGGCACCUGCCCAUGUGUGGGAACUCUGAGCCACACUCCCACCCUUGGCAAUGGGCAUGGACAUCCUGAGACCCCUGGCAAAUCCCCACUCCCACUCAGCCCCUUCGGGGUCGGUGUGAACCCAAGGGUCGGCACCUGCCUGUAGCCCCACCACCUGCCCACCCUGACUGUUACAGGCCCCUGGGCAACCAAUGACCCAGCUGGAAAUAAAGAGGUCACUGGUGUCUCCGUCA